AUGAUCGCGCAGUUACUCCACGAGCAGAAGGUCCAAAACCGCCUCAUGGAACAGCAACUGCAGCUCCUCCAGAUGGACAAGUAUUCUGACCCCAACGAAAUCUUGCCUCUGGUCGAUCCGGAAUUGAAGUCGAUCCUUCUUGAGUGGGCAAAUAGUUUCAAAAGUACCUUGCAGCAGAGUUUGACUCAGGAUGCACUUCAGCAGAAAUACUUGGCCAUUGAACGCUCAGGCGAACUUCAGCGUCAGUUUUCUGAAGAGUGCAAAAAGUCUUGGCAAUGGCCUCUUGCCUUCAAGGCUCAUGCGAGAGAGCUGCAGUCUUGCACAGCUUUAUUGGGCGAAGGGGAUGUCGACAUGUUCGUUGAGGAUGCUAACCGUGAAGUUCCAUUUGACAUCACGCAGGCGUACUUGAAUCUUCGCAAACGUCAUGCAAGAGAGUGUCAAGAUUUCGUGGUUUCGUAUCAAAGGCAAUGCACUACUUUCUUCGCUUCGCAGGUGAAACCACAAGUUCAGUUGCAAAAGCUGGUCGACACCACUACUGCUUGGAUUCACAAGAACCGUACGGUCCUCCCUGAGUAUGCCAUCGCAUCCAUUAAACAGCAUGUGCGUAACUUUGCAGAUCUCACCUUUCGCAAGGAAGUCCCCAAAGCUCGGUCACGCAUUGAAAAGGAGCAGGCCAACAAGACCAAACAGGAGCAAGCUCUUCUGGAAGCAGAGUCAGAAUUCAGACUCAUGGAUGUCAAUAGGCUCCUGGCCCUGGCAGUGCUAGAAUUCUCAGCUCUCCAGUCCGGGAGUGGAGCGGGUAAGAAUCACAAGCAGAAGAUUUCUCAACAUGGAGCGCUCGCUUUCUUUGUCAAGCAGUACCCGGAUCUUGCCGACAAAUAUAACCUCAUCAUCAAGAAGGUCCUCUUCGAGUUCCAAGUCCAAGCGUUCUUCUCAGCGUUCGUCGCGACGACCCUCCAGAUCUUCUUCGCGCACAAGUUGAAACGGCUGAACCUUGUACAGUUGGAACGUCGCUUCAAUACACCAGUUCAUGUUUGCACUCCGCUUGCCAUCCCUGCAUGUGUUAUGGCCUAUUUGUCCAAAGGCGGCAAGUUUGUGGCUGACAAGUACCAUAGCUCGGUUCACCAGGUGCUGGAUUCUGUCAAACAUCUUGAACGUUCACUGUCGACUGCAGUGGCUUUUCAGGACAAGCCCGCCACGCAAAAGCCUUUUUUCGGAUGCCAUGCCAGAAACCUCAAGUGGCAGCCUCCAGUUUGCAGUGAUGUGUCGCUGUAUUGCCGGUUGCUUCGUGAAAGUUUGCUUCAAUAUGAGCCGUUGCCGCGUCGCAAAAAUGAGGACCUCGUUGACAGAGCCGCCAAAAGAUGGCUUUUAGACCACCAACACGAAGUGGUCGUGGUUGACUCUGACAAAGGUUUAGGGGACGUGGUAUUAUCUCGCAAGUGGGUUCGCAACAAAUGCCUGGCUCUCCUUCGCGAAGCUUCGGUCCCAUUCACGUCGGAUUCCUACAUGGCAGCAACUACAAGCAUGAAAUUCGAGUUCGAUUCAGUCAUUACCUUGGCCAUGAACGACGGGCACAUUCCACAAUCAGUGCAGUCAUUUCUUCUUGAAGAUUUUGGUUCUUCAGUCCCUGAAUCCUUCAGGCUUCGAGUGAAAAUACACAAAACACCUAUGGGCGCGAGACCGGUGAUGAACAUGUCCAAGUCCUGGUUACGAAACAUUGCCUCGUUCUUAGUGGUCGCCUUGCAACCUGUGCUGGUGCAUACUUCAAGCGUGGUGCAGUCCAGCUCGAGCUUUGUGGGUGAUGCUACAAGCUGGUAUGUUCCCGAGGGGUAUUUCCCUUGCACCAUUGACAUCAAGAAUCUUUAUCCUUCUGUAUGUCAUCGUCAUUUCCUGGAGCAGUUCUCAGCAAGGCUUCGCAAGUUUUGGCCACGGCGUCAUGGCUAUGUUUCCUUCCUGAUUAACUUGACAUCUCUAUUGCUACGCACCCAAUUUGUCAACUUUGAGGGGUCCAUUUGGCAUGUUGAACAAGGCUUCGCCACAGGACUGCAAUGCGGAGUAGUGUUCGCAAACAUUUAUUUGACUGAAUUCGACGACUUCCUCAUCAGAACUUGCUCUGACAUGGGCUUUCGUGUUUUAGGUUGGCGCAGGUUCAUCGAUGAUGGCUUUUGUUUACUUCCGUUCCACAGCUCUCGGACUCUGAUCGGGUUCGCAAAUUCUUGGAACACUCAGAUCAUUUGGGAAUUGUCUGGUCAUGACGCCGCCGUUCCUUUCCUGGACCUUCAAGUUUCAGUCCAGCAACAUCGGCUUCAUUUCCAGACCUACCGCAAGCCGCAAAACAUUUAUGCGUACUUGCCAAGAUCUAGUUGCCAUCCGCCAUCAGUGUUUGAAUCCUUGGUGACAGGUGAGACCACUCGCCUUCAUCGCACAAAUUACCGCAACCCCGCUUCCUUCCACGAGCAAGUGGAGUUCUUCGUUGAAAAGCUUUGCAGACGAGGUUACAACUCUCUUCAAGCAAGAAAGCUGAUCGAACGAACUUCGAGGAGGCUUUGCAUGAAUCAGAAGCGGCCGAGCUCCCGAACAAGGAAGUUCUUCUUCAAACAAACUUUCUCUUCGACCCUCAACGUGAAGGUCAUCAAGAAAUCUUUGAAGAAAAACUGGCAUCUCAUUCAAGGUUUGUUCCGUUCCCCUGUGGAUGUCAUGAUGUGCUACAAGAUCCAGCCGAACGUUUUCCGAAGAAACUUUGCCACCAACUGGGUGUAUAAACCAUCCAGUGCCAGAGCAGGGUGA